UCAACUUGUCUUCUCUACCACAACGACAUACCAUGAUAGAGCUAUCGUAGGCUCAUUGCCUCAUAUCCUACAACAACAUAUCAAACGACAUCACACAACACCACCAACAUGGCAGAACCGAUGUCCAUCUUCCGCAUUCUGGGCGACGUCUCCCACUCGGCCUCGAAAUGCAUCCUCAUCUGGUCCAUCCACAGCAACAAAUCCGCCGAGGGCGUCUCCCUCCUCACUCAACUCCUCUACGCCCUCGUCUUCUGUACGCGGUACCUCGACAUCCUAUGGGUGCCUCCAACAUGGAGCUUGUGGAACUUUGUGCUCAAGAUCUUGUACAUCGCGACAUCGCUGUAUACCAUCUUCCUCAUGAUGCGAGUGCACGCUCGUACCAGGGAGAAGGAGUAUGGCUGGAAACUGGCGAUAUGGAGUCUGGCAGGGAGUGUGAUCAGCGCGCCGUUGGUGAGCUUGCUGUUCAAUGGGUGGAAGCGGUCGACGUUGUUCGAGAUCUUUUGGACCUUCAGCAUCAUCCUCGAAUCCGUCUGUGUCCUCCCUCAACUCCUCCUCCUCCGCCAAACCACCGUUCCAACCGUCAUCGACUCCUUCUACCUCGUCACCCUGGGCGCCUAUCGCUUCUUCUAUAUCCCCAACUGGAUCGUGCGGUACGCUUCCACCGGAAAAUUCGAUCCGAUCUCGUUCAUCUUCGGCCUGAUACAGACCGCGUUGUACAUCGACUUCGCGUGGGUCUACUGGUCGCGGCAGAGGGUCAAGUUGCGGAAUGGAGGGGUGGUGGACAGCGAUGAUCUGAGCAAGAGCUUCAUCGUCAAGCGAUUCAUUGGACGUAGAGGGAACAGGAAUAGCGCGGAUGAAGAUGAUGGAGACGGUGUGGCCGAUCCCAGCGUUGAAGCUCUUUCACGGCAAGAAAAUGGCACUGUGAGACCGACGCCGGGCCGCAGUGGAAGGAGUUGGGGUGCUAGAGGCAUCAGCGUAUCGGCGGACACUCCAGAGGACGACUACAACGAUGGCGCGGCGGCAGAUGCUCAAAUGGUGGAUCCGUCGCAUUUCGAGGACGGAAGCGAUGAUGAUGUGGACGCUCCGCCGCCGCCAGCGAAGGACGAUACGAACAAGAAGCCUGCAGCGCCUAAGAAGGACAUCGAUGAGGAGGACGACGACGAUCCCUUCGAGAGCAGUGCGACAGAGUGGCAAGACGGAGGGUCCAAGUAG